AAGCAGGAAGAGAAGAGCGGAGAGAGAGAGAGAGAGAGACAGGGAGAGAGAGAGAGAGAGAAAGCCGGAGGAGGAGAGAAGCAAGAAGAGAACAGCGGAGAGAGAGAGAGCCAUGAUAGGCACACCUCUGCAGAGGAAAGCCCCAGCAUCAUCAGAGAUGGCUGAGGCUGAACUUCACAAGGAAAGGCUCCAAGCCCUCGCAGAGAAAAGGAAAAGACAGUCAGAGAUUGAAGACAAGAGGAGACAGCUGGACGAUCUGGUGCUGCAGCUACAACAUCUCAAGUCUAAAGCCAUGAGAGAGCGUUGGCUCCUACAAGGCACGUCCCCUGGAACUAACGACGAAGACGAUGGCCGAAGAAGACAGCUGGAGAAGGACGAAGAGCAGGGGAAGAGACUGGAGGACACUAUUCACAGGUUGGAGUCAGAGAUUGGUCUGUUGGAGAGCGAGGAGUGUCAGAUCUCAGCUAAAGAACAGAUGCUCAGAGAGAGACUGAAGAAGACUGAGAGGUCCAUAGAAGACCUACAGAAAAGUCUUCAGAAUGAACAUGAUGCUGUGAGUAACGCCUGUCCCCAGCUCCCCAACCAGCUCCCCAACCAGCUCCCCGACCAGCUCCCCAACAAGCCGGACAUCAGAGACUCCUCCACCACCUCUCCUCACCAGGCCCCAGCCUCAGCAGCACCUGCCUCUGGUGAGCACCCAAGGAAACCUGCGAUGUACGCCAUGGAGAUCAACGUGGAGAAGGACAGGAAGACAGGCGACACCAGGAUCCUGUCAGCGUCUUCCGUCAGCCCUGACGAGGUGCCCCAGCGCGGGGUCAAGGUCUUCGACGACGGCCGGAAGGUUGUCUAUGAGGUCCGCUCGGGGGGGUCCACCACCCUGGAGAAUGGGGUUCACCCCUGGAGUUCCCAACAGGUGGACGAGCUGAUGCAACGGGUCGGGGUGCCCGCGGGUCAGACCGACGGGGGUAAGGCUAAGGUUACUAUCACCCCUGUUGGUACUGGUGACACCAAAACCUCCCCCAGCUCCACUGACCGCACAGAUGAGCUCCCUACCACCUACACCACCCCCCCAGCCAUCCGUAGCCCUGCCGCCAUGGCCCACAAGGUUCCCCAAGCUCCAGGCGCCCCUAUCACAACCCAGCCUCCACCCCGUCGGGAGGUAACCUACGAGGGAGAGGUGCUGGAGGCUCCCCAGGCAACGGCGGAGAAGCCAGUCACUAUGAUCUUCAUGGGCUACCAUAAUGUAGACAACCAAGAUGAAACCAAGAGGCUGCUGGGAUUCGACGGCACCAUCAAGGCUGAGAUCGUCCUGAUCGAUGACGACGAUGAGAAGUCGUUACGGGAGAAAACAGUCACCGACGGUUACUCCGUAAUCGACGGCAACGCCGCCGACCUGGUGUCCGGCGCCCGGCCGCUCAGCGACACCACCGAACUUUCGUCGGAGGGGAAGGACGAGAGCUCUGCCACGGCCACCAAGGAACUCCCCUCCCCAGCAGGUAAAGGACAGACUUCUCAAGUAACCAUGACUACAGGAAUCAGGAUUGUGUCUAAACCAGCCAUCACUGCCAUGAAAUCCUCCAAGGCAUCAGAGGAUGCCAGUGAUGAUCUGAAGAGAGACAGAACGGAGAGAAAGAGCGUAAGUUUUCUUGACUCUGUCAGUGUGAUCUCAGCGGGCGGAGGAGACAGCAGUACUUCCACCAGACCUAUGGAGGUGGAGGCCCACCCUGAGACCUGCUACCCCAGCCAAGGGCUCAACAGCCUGGGCAAGAAGCACCAGACUCAGCCCCUGGACACAGAGGUGGCCCAGGAGAUAGCAUACCUGGAUGAGGUGUUGGAGGCUAACUGCUGCGACCCAGAGGUUGACACCAUGCCAUUGCCCUCUAACGGGACAGAGAAACCUGAGAGAGACCCCAGGGAUGUCGGUAUUGAAGGAACUGGGCCGUCCGUCCACAUCUCCAACACAGACACACAAUCCCCACAGACCAACCAUGAGGUCACAGUAGAGGGCAGGAAGCAAACCACCUUCAGAGACCACCAGGAAGUCAAUAACACCAGUAACUCCAAACCCGACGGCCACUCUGGACCAAUGGGAGAGCAUGAGAACUACAGGAACCAGGGAGGAGAAACAACAUCCCCCACUGUGAUGACCAUCAAGAAGGAGGCACGUUUCGAGCUGCGGGCAUUCCAGGAGGAGAAGAAGCCUUCCAAGCUGUUCGACCCGUGUGAGAAGGAGGUGCGUGUGAAGAAGGUGCGUCCGUCGGAGGAGGUGGCAGAGCUGGAAAGGGAGCGGCUGGAGCUGAUCCGAGGCCAGGCCGUGAAGAAGAAUCCUGGCAUGGGCACAAAAUGGUGGAACCCUCCUCAGGAGAAAAGCCUGGAGGAAGAGCUGGAGCCAGACAAACUUGAGUCACACAGGAAGUACGAGGAGAGGAAGCAGCAGCGGAGGUCAGAGUACACCUGGGGGUCGUCCCAGACGUACGCCCAGUACUCCAUGACCUUUGAGCCCGGCUUUGACCCUGAGUCCAACCAGGACCCGGCAGAGGUUCUCCAGAGCACCAAGGAGGACAUCCUGGUGGAGCAGAUAGACUUCUCCGUCGCAAGGAAGCAGUUCCUCCAGAUAGAACACGCCAGGCAGCAGCAGGCUGAGAGGUCACAGGUCACAGCCCCGAAGAGAGGUGUGGCACCUCAGCUCUACUCGGCCAAGCCCUUCUCCAGAGCGCCAGACAGCGUCACCCAUGUGGAUAGAUCCUCCAGCUCCGCCACAGUAGGCUACAGUAGUUGCCUGGGCUUGCCACUAGAGGCCAACGACGUCACCACACCCACAACUACAGUCAGGACAGAGGGGAUCUACUGCAUCCAGAGAGAGGCCCAGUCCCCCACUACUACCUUGGGACAGGAAGAACCCAGGAACAGUGGCCCCAAGGAGGCCACGAUGAACAACAGAGAAGGCGAUGGAGACUUCACCAGCGCCCGGGCCGUCAUGACCAUCCUGAAAGAUGAGGGAGACUCUGAGCUGUUUUCCUCAUCCCUGCAGCAUCGUUCCUCCUCCCAAUCCUUCCACUCCCCCAGCGCCUCCCUGUCCUGCCACCCAGAGGAGUGUGACUCUGGACUGGACGAGCUCUCCCUGCGUUCCCAGGAUACUACUGUUCUGGAGACCCUGUCCAACGACUUCAGCAUGGACAAUAUCUCCGACAGCGAUGCGUCAAAUGAGACCAUGUCAGCCUAUCUGGGGGAGACGUCUCUGGGGGAGUACUCCUUCCCCUCCACCCCCCAGGCCACCACGCCCGUCAAUGGCAAGAUGGAGGAAGACACCCUCAGAUCCCUCGGGGAGCGGCGCCUGGGUCGGGAUCUGGAGGAGGAGGAGCUGGAGUACCAUGCAGAGCUCCUGGUGCAGAGUGCCAUCCAGCAUGCCCUUAUGAACCAGUCUCAACAGGGAGAAGAGUGGCAGGGGGUCCCCCGUGCCACCCCACAGUCCUUCCCCUACCCCCUCCCAGAGAGGCACCUAGACUUAGACGUCCUGCCGCCAUCUUCUGGGAUGCUCUCAUCUCCACCCCCAGAGCACCAGUCACCCACACUCCUAGACCACCCUCCAGCAUUCCUGGCCCUCCACUCACCUCCAUCCCCCCAGCUCCACUCACCUCCAUCCCCCCAGCUCCACUCACCUCCAUCCCCCCAGCUCCACUCACCCCCCAGCUCACUGCAGCAGUGGCCAACACCCCAUCAGUCCGUCCAGUCACCCCCACCCCAGUACCAAUCAAGUCCAUCACAAACCACCCAGCAACAGUCACCACAAGCUCAGUUCCAGUUAACUCCAACCCAACAUCAGUCUCCUCCCCCACAGCAUCAGUCCCCCCCAGCCCAGAUUGAGAAACCUACCUACGCCCCCCCUCCCCGGAGGUCCUCUUCCGGAGGUCCUAAAAUCCUGGUCCAGUCCGCCCUCAGUCGCUCACUGGCCCUGAAUCCAGACCCUGUCCCAGUUCGCACCCCCGUCCACAUCUCUCCUCGCCCUGUAGAGCCCUACCAGCCUCCAGAGCUGUCGCCGACCCCCAGCGAGAAGGACCAGUUCAGUUACUUCUCUAAGUACUCCGAGGCGGCCGAGCUCCGCAGCACCGCAGAAGCCACCAGAACCCAGGAGACCGAGCAGAGCACCGGGCCGUUCAAGCUGCGCUCCCGGAAGCAGAGGACUCUGUCCAUGAUCGAGGAGGAGAUCCGCGCGGCACAGGAGAGAGAGGAGGAUCUGAAGAAGCAGAGGCAGAGCCUGGGAGCGGUGCGAUCCGGACCGGGCCCCAGAACAAACCAGACAGGAAGGCCCAAGACAAUGCCUAUCAACUCCGGGGACAAGCAGAAGACCAACAGCCUACCCGCCAAACUAAGUCUCUCAGGCAGCCUGCCGCCCACAAAACUCCCCAGCAAGACGGCACCAGGUAAGAUAGAGAAGAUCCGUCCUGUGACCCCUGCUUCCCCCUCCUCGUUGGAGGGUCCCCUGCCCUCGCCCCUCUCGGACCUGGGCAGUGAUGACUCCGGGGGUGGUGGUCGCCCCAAAAACUUCAUGCAGACCCUGAUGGACGACUACGAGACUCACAAAGUGAAGCGCCGGGAGAAAGUAGAGGACAACAGCGUGCUGGAGGCCACCCGCGUCACACGCAGGAAAAGCAACAUGGCGCUGAGGUGGGAGGCGGGGCUUUACGCUAAUGAGGAUGGAGAGGAAGAAGAGGAAGAAGAAGAGGAAGAGGAAGAGGAAGAGGAGGAGGAGUAGAUAGUCCUCCCUUGUGUUCUGUGACUAUCAGGAAUGUAGGGAUAGAUGGAUAGAGGGAUAGAGAGAUGAAGGGAUGGAGAGAGGAGGAAACAGCAAGACAACCACAAGUAUUUAUUUUACUAAGUAUUUUGAUCACAUGACCUGUCACGUGACCUACUGGAUGGACCAACCCGGAAGUAACAUCCAGCCCCACACUGGAACACAGAGAGACCCAUGGGAUACGGCUGGUUGAGUAUGGGUUCAACACAGAGACAUACACUCUCA